GGAGGAAGAGAUUGGUACACUGCUGCCUCUCCACGGCGUUCUGUUUCUACUGAAUAAUUGAAGUUGCAGUGACAUUCCUAUGGCAGCAGAGGUUAAGAAUUUCUUUUAUCAGUGGUGCUGUAAGCAGAAAGCUGUACCACAGUAUGAUGUACGACCAUCGGGUCCCAAGCAUCGUCAACGCUUCAUGUGUGAAGUACGAGUUGCUGGAUUCAGCUACACAGGUUGUGGGAAUUCAACAACCAAGAAAGAUGCCCAAACCAACGCUGCUAAUGACUUCUUGCAAUACCUAGUACGUACAGGUGUUUUGAAAGAGUCAGAGGUGCCAGCAGUUCAGUUGACAAGCUCUUUAGAUGCCCAAAAUCCAAAUGAUGGUGGUUCAGGGCCAGCAGAACUCCCAGAUGGAGUAGCUGUAGCACCUCAUGUUGCAAUACAGGCUGAGCUAGGUUAUUCAGAAAGUGGAAUGAAAAGCAACCGUCAGAUGGGAUAUGACAUGUCAGCCGGUCCAUCUCAAAUGGGCAGUGGUGCAUCAGGUGGGGUACCUAGUUACCAGAUGGGCUUCUUUGAUAGACAAGGAGAGAAGAGACGACUCGAAGAGUCUGAGAGUAUUGACAUAAAUUCUAGUAUCCAUGGAAACUGGACAUUGGCCAAUGCCAAAUCUCGUCUUCAUCAGUACUUACAAGUAAAUAAGUUACCAGCAGAUUACAAGUACAGCACUGUAGGCCCUGAUCACAAUAGGAGCUUUGUAGCUGAGCUGUCGGUGUUGAUCAAGCCACUCAGGAAAUCGAUUCAUGCUCGAGAAAAUGGUUCAAACAAGAAGACGGCAUCAAUCGCAUGUGCAUUGUCAUUGGUCAGACAACUUUUUCAUCUCAAGCAGAUUGAAGGAUUUACUGGCGAGAAAAAGCCCAAGAAAACUGAAACUCUUGACCCUUACAUUGUACAUAUUGUGCCAGAUGUGGAGGAAAUUUUGGACACUACAUUGAAUGCCCUCAACCUUCAGCCAGUGCAGCAGUCACCGCAGGGGGAACCACAAUCACUGAAGACUGCCCCAAACCAUACUGACUUUGAAAACCCUGAAGGACCCAGGGGCUGCUGGGGUGUAUCUUGGUCUCCCCCUCAGGCUAAUUGGAACCCCUGGUCGAAUUGCAACAUUGAUGAAGGACCACUUGCUUAUAUGACAUUAGACCAAGUGAGUCAAGAUCUUUUAAACAAUGCCAAUAUGCACACUCAGAAACCAGAGUAUAUUCGAAGCAUGGAAGGUCGCGAGUCUCUUCCAAUCUUCAAAGCUCAAAGGAUGAUUUUGGAUGAGAUCCAGCGUAAUAGAGUGGUGAUCAUCAGAGGUGCCACAGGAUGUGGCAAGACCACACAAGUACCUCAGUUCAUUCUUGAUGACUACAUUCGUUCUGGUAAAGGUGCCUUCUGCAACAUUGUUGUCACCCAGCCACGUCGUAUCAGUGCUGUCUCGGUGGCAGAGCGUGUAGCCUCAGAACGUGCUGAGGAACUAGGAUACAGUACAGGCUACUCAGUCAGAUUCGAUUCCAUCAAGCCUAGACCUAUGGGAUCCAUCAUGUUUUUGACAGUUGGUACACUGCUGAGAAAGUUGGAAGCUGGACUGCGUGGUAUUUCCCAUGUCGUCGUUGAUGAAAUUCAUGAGCGUGAUUUAAAUACUGAUUUCUUGUUAGUUGUGUUGCGUGAAAUGUCCAAAGCCAAUCCAGAUCUGCGAAUCAUUCUAAUGUCAGCCACAAUUGACAUCAAGCUUUUUAGCAAUUACUUUGGUGAUUGUCCAGUUCUUGAAGUUCAAGGAAGAGCAUAUUCUGUACAAGAAUAUUUCUUGGAAGAUAUUGUCCAGAUGCUGGGUUUUGUUCCAUCUCAAAAUUCAAGGAAAAAGCGCAAAAAUCAGGAUGAUAGUGAUGACGAAGCCGAGGAUGAUGAAAACAUGAAUAAAACUAUAAAAGGCGAUUACACAGAGAAGACAAAGAUUGCAAUGAGGAUGAUGAGUGAAAAGGAGAUGAACUUUGAACUGAUUGAUACAUUGAUAGGCUACAUUUGUGGACUUGAGAUCAAGGGAGCUAUACUGGUAUUCUUGCCUGGUUGGAACUGGAUCUUUGCCAUAAUGAGACAUCUGCAGGAGAGUCCCAGGUUUGGUGGACCAGGAUUUGUGAUUCUUCCUCUCCAUUCCCAAAUCCCACGGGAAGAGCAGCACCGUGUCUUUGAACCAGUACCAAAUGGUGUUACUAAGAUCGUGUUGUCAACCAAUAUAGCAGAGACCAGUGUCACUAUUAAUGAUGUUGUCUAUGUUAUUGAUGUGUGCAAAGCAAAGAUGAAGUUGUUUACCUCACAUAAUAACAUGACCAACUAUGCUGUAGUGUGGGCCUCAAAGACUAACUUAGAGCAGAGGAAAGGUCGUGCAGGUCGUGUGAGACCUGGAUUUGCUUUCCAUUUGAUUAGCAGAGCUAGAUUUGAUAAACUGGAAGAGCACACAACACCAGAGAUCUUCAGAACUCCUCUGCAUGAGUUGGCAUUGACCAUUAAACUACUCAGAUUAGGUGUGAUCAAGGAAUUUCUUGCCAGUGCCAUUGAACCACCACCUCUAGACUCUGUCAUGGAAGCUGUUGCUGGUCUCAAAGAUAUGCAUGCUCUGGAUGAAACAGAGGAGCUAACGCCAUUGGGACGAGUGCUUGCCAAAAUGCCUAUUGAGCCUCGCAUGGGCAAAAUGAUCAUAAUGGGCUGUAUAAUGAGGCUUGGGGAUGCCAUGUGUCUAGUAGCAGCGGCAAGUUGCUUUACGGAGCCUUUUACAACAAUUGCUGGUAGAGUGGCACCUUUCCACAAACGCUACUGCGGUAUGCGGCAUAGUGAUCACAUUGCAAUGCUCGCAGCGUUCCAGGAAUGGGAGAAUGCUCUCAUGCAAGGUGGAGAGGAUGCUGCUAUAGAGUAUUGUGACAGGAAGAGUCUGCAGAUGACAUCACUGAGAAUGACCUACGAAGCACGGAAUCAAUUGAAGGACAUUCUGUUAAUGGAAGGGUUCCCUGAAGAAUGCAUGAUGUCCGAGAAUUUCAACUACUCUGGUACAGACAACUGCCUAGAUGUUGUGGUGUCACUGAUUAUCAUGGCUCUCUACCCCAAUGUAUGUUAUCACAAAGAGAAAAGAAGGCUACUGACAACUGAAAAUAAGUCAGCACUCAUCCAUAAGUCCUCAGUCAAUUUCAGCAAAAUGGACCAAUCUUUUCCCAUUCCGUUCUUUAUAUUUGGAGAGAAGAUAAGAACCAGGGCAGUGUCUGCCAAAACAAUGACGAUGGUGACACCUCUUCAGCUGUUGAUGUUUGGGGCCCGUGAAGUGGAAAGUAACGGCACUAUUGUCAAGUUAGAUGAUUGGGUUCAGCUUCAAAUACCCUUCAGUCAGGCAGCCAAGGUAGUUGCUCUCCAUCCAGCAAUAGAAUCGCUACUAUUCCGCAUCUCUGGUAAUCCUGAGGAAAUAUUAACGCCAACCCCUGUAGAUGAAUUGCUCAUCAAUGUGAUGCGAGCAAUAUCGGGGUACAAUGCUGGAAUGUUCAGGAGCGGUGAGAAGAGUACAGAUCAGCCUCGACGUGAUUCUGGAGGCCCUCCUCAACAACGGCCACGCUUCUCAUCACCACCAGGUUAUGAGUCAAGAGGCAGAGGCUUCGGUGGAAGAGGCAACUUCCGAGGUGGCAGAGGUGCAAGAGGUGGUGGAGACUUUGGCAUUGGGGGCGGAAACUUCAACAGAGAAGGCAAUGGGGGAGGUUUUGGAGGUAGAGGUGGUUUUCGUGGGGCUGGUGGAUAUAGAGGAGGAGGAAGAGGCGGAGGUGGAGGUGGCUUUAGAGGCGGACCAGGUGGUGGGGGUAAUUUCCAAGGCUUUCCAGGUUUCCGAGGUGGAAGAAGAGGUGGAUUCAGAGGAGGCUAUUGAACCACAUCGUACAUCCUCACUUGAUGAACUUAAGAACCUUGGUUUGAAAUUGAAAUGCACUUUGUUAAAUUGUGUACUUGUCUUUACAAGAUGGCAAAUGAUAGGGAAUAGUAUUUUAAACCCCAAUACUGUGUUCAUAGUUUGUUGCCCUUUUACUUUUUAUUAUAUUUCAAGCAUUUUUAA